GGAAGGUCCAACAGAUGGCACAAUACCGUUUCUAUGGUAUUGUUUUACUUAAGCUAAGGACUUGGACUUCGUCAAACACUUAUUUUUUCCGCAUUUAGAAGCUAUUUUCUCUUCUUCUGAGAAAGAAAUCUUGAGUUUGGAUGCAUAUCAGGAUGCUCUGAAGAACAGCAAUAUCCCUUUGGGAGACAGGUCCUUCAACAUCAUGACCAAGGACAAAGAACCCAUUGUCAGAAGCUUUCAUUUUGUUUACAUCAUAACCUUGAUGUUUGGAACCAUAAUCCAGUUCUCCGAUGAAAGUGAAUUUACAGUAAACAAGUCAAAUAAAGGCCUUACUCAUGUUCCAAAAGGCCUGCCACCACAAACCAAAGUCUUAGAUAUGUCUCAGAACUGCAUAUCUGAGCUUCACCUCUCUGACAUCAGCCUUCUUUCAGGGCUAAAAGUUCUGAGGCUUUCCCAUAAUAGACUCCAGUACCUUGAUGUUAGUGUUUUCAAGUUCAACCAGGAUUUGGAAUAUUUGGAUUUAUCACAUAAUCAGUUGCAGAAGAUGUCCUGCCAUCUUAUCACCAGUCUCAAGCAUUUAGACCUCUCAUUCAAUGACUUUGAUGCCCUGCCCAUCUGUAAGGAAUUUGGCAACUUGACUCAGUUGAAUUUCUUGGGGUUAAGUGCUAAAACUGUACAUCAGUUGGAUCUGCUACCAAUUGCUCACUUGCAUCUAAGUUGCAUCCUUCUGGAAUUGGAGCAUUAUUAUAUAAAAGAACAUGAGACAGGAAGUCUUCAAAUUCUGAAUACAGAAACACUUCACCUUGUUUUUCAUCAAAAUAAUUACUUCUCUGUUGAAGCAAACAUAUCAGUUAAUAGUUUAGGGUGCUUACAACUGAGUAAUGUUAAAUUGGAUAAUACGAACUGUCACAUUUUAAUUAAAUUUUUAUCAGAACUAACUAGAGGUCCAAACUUACUGAAUCUUACUCUAAACCAUGUGGAAACAACUUGGAAAUGUUUGGUUAGAGUUUUUCAAUUCCUUUGGCCUAAACCUAUAGAAUAUCUCAAUAUUUACAAUAUAACACUAGUUGAAAGCAUUGAUGAAGAAGAUAUUACUUAUUCUGAAACAUCACUGAAAGCAUUGAAUAUUGAACAUGUUAUAAAUACAGUUUUUCUUUUUUCACAGACAAUAGUAUACACAGUGUUUUCUAAGAUGAACAUUAUGAAGUUAACCAUAUCAGAUACACCUUUAAUACACAUGCUUUGUCCUCAGGCAACAAGCACUUUUAAGUUUUUGAACUUUUCCCAGAAUGUUUUCACAGAUAAUGUUUUUCAAAACUGCUCCACUUUAGUUAGAUUGGAGACACUGAUCUUACAAAAGAAUAAAUUAAAAGACCUCUUCAAAGUGGGUCUCAUGACUAAAGAUAUGCCAUCAUUGGAAACACUGGAUGUGAGCUGGAAUUCUUUGGAAUAUGAUAGACAUGACAGAAAUUGCACAUGGGUUGGAAGUAUAGUGGUGUUAAAUUUGUCCUCAAACAUACUCACUGACUCUGUUUUCAGAUGUCUACCUCCCAGGGUCAAGGUUCUUGAUCUUCACAAUAAUAGAAUAACCACUAUCCCUGAAAAUGUCACCAGUCUGGAAGCUUUACAAGAACUCAAUGUUGCUUCCAAUUCUCUAGCCCACCUUCCUGGAUGUGGUACCUUUAGCAGCCUCUCUGUACUGAUCAUUGACUAUAAUUCAAUUUCCAACCCAUCGGCUCAUUUCUUCCAGAGCUGCCAGAAGAUUAGGUCCAUAAAUGCAGGGAAUAAUCCAUUCCAAUGCACAUGUGAGCUAAGAGAAUUUAUCCAAAGUAUAGGCCAAGUAUCAAGCGAAGUGGUAGAGGGUUGGCCUGACUCUUAUAAGUGUGAUUAUCCAGGAAGCUAUAAGGGAACCCUACUAAAGGACUUUCAUGUGUCUCCAUUAUCGUGCAACACAGCUCUGCUGAUAGUCACCAUUGGGAUCACUGGGCUGCUGCUGGCUGUUGCUGUGACUGUCCUCUGUAUCUAUUUUGAUCUUCCCUGGUAUCUCAGGAUGAUGUGUCAGUGGACCCAGACCCGGCAUAGGGCCAGGAACAUAUCUUUAGACAAACUCCAAAGAACUCUUCAGUUCCAUGCCUUUAUUUCAUAUAGUGAGCAUGAUUCUGGCUGGGUGAAGAAUGAACUGGUACCUUGCCUAGAAAAAGAAGGUAUACGGAUAUGUCUCCAUGAGAGAAACUUUGUUCCUGGCAAGAGCAUUGUGGAAAAUAUCAUAAACUGUAUUGAGAAAAGUUACAAAUCCAUCUUUGUUUUGUCUCCCAACUUUGUUCAGAGUGAGUGGUGCCAUUAUGAACUCUACUUUGCCCACCACAAUCUCUUUCAUGAAGGAUCUAAUAACUUAAUUCUGAUCUUGCUGGAGCCCAUUCCACAGAACUGCAUUCCUAGCAAGUAUCACAAGCUGAAGGCUCUCAUGGCACAGAGGACUUAUUUGGAAUGGCCGAAGGAAAAGAGCAAACAUGGACUUUUUUGGGCUAACAUUAGAGCUGCUUUUAAUAUAAAAUUAACCCUAAACACUGAAAACAAUGAUGUGAAAAAUUUAAAAAGCCAGGAAAUCCAAUAUAAGAACCCAUCAUAAACAUUGGUGCUAAUGAACACCAUGGUAUUAAGUUAUUGUCUAGAUGGUGCCUAUAUCAUCUCUAAGUGCUCAAGAAAGACUUAACAACAGCCAUGUUUCAAUUGAGUUGGGGAAGCAGGCUAAGGGCUGAGGUGGUGCUCUCUCAAACCUGCCAAUUAUAAUUACAGAUAGCCCGUUCUCCUGUGGCUUGACCAUUCUGUUGCAGGUCAAGACAGUCUCAUUUGAGUAAAUGCUCAUUCAGGGAUCUUUCUUCUCCCUUGGCCUUUCCCAGAUGAAUUCUCUGUGAGCAGGAGUUUGUGGGACUUCAUGGCAGCAAGAAAAGAGUCAACCUCACAUCUGCAUGCAAUGGUCUUGGACUGUCCUAUGCAUCCUCAUUGGCCUCUGGGUGAGCUUUGUUAUCCUGCUCAAAUUUAGGAUUUGGAAAAAAUUAGACCAGUUAUGGAAA